AAGUCGGCCGGCUCGCGCCGGGCGGAAGCGGGGCGGUGGCAGCGGCGGCGGGGCGGGCCGGGGGCCAUGGAGGGUCCCGGUCCGGCCUCGGAGAGCCCGGCGGAGCAGGGCCCGGCGGCGCCGGAAGGGGAGUCCCACAGCGGAGUCUACAGCGGCUUCAUGAAGUCUCACUGCUGCUACGACUUGAUCCCCACCAGCUCUAAGCUGGUUGUCUUCGACACCUCCCUGCAGGCACCUCAGCCCUCCCCUGAUGUCCUUCUGCGUGCCUGGCUGCAGGUGAAGAAGGCCUUCUUCGCGCUGGUCACCAACGGCGUGCGGGCCGCCCCGCUGUGGGACAGCAAGAAGCAAAGCUUCGUGGGGAUGCUGACCAUCACUGACUUCAUCAACAUCCUGCACCGCUACUACAAGUCCCCGAUGGUGCAGAUCUAUGAGCUGGAGGAGCAUAAAAUAGAGACGUGGAGAGAGGUCUACUUGCAAGACUCCUUCAAGCCACUGGUCUGCAUCUCCCCCAACGCCAGUCUCUUUGACGCCGUCUCAUCCCUGAUCCGCAAUAAGAUCCACCGCUUGCCCGUCAUCGACCCUGAUUCGGGCAACACGCUCUACAUCCUCACUCACAAACGCAUCCUCAAGUUCCUCAAACUCUUUAUAACGGAGGUCCCAAAGCCUCAGUUUAUGGCCAAAACUUUGGGAGAGCUACAGAUCGGCACCUACAGCAACAUCGCGAUGGUGCGGACCAGCACGCCGAUCUACGUGGCUUUGGGGAUCUUCGUGCAGCACCGCGUAUCUGCUCUGCCCGUUGUCGAUGAUUCGGGGCGGGUUGUGGAUAUCUACUCCAAGUUCGAUGUCAUUAACCUAGCGGCCGAGAAGACUUACAACAACCUGGACGUGACGGUGACGCGGGCGCUGCAGCACCGCUCCCACUACUUCGAGGGCGUCCUCAAAUGCUACAAGCACGAGACGCUGGAAACCAUCAUCAACCGCCUGGUGGAGGCCGAGGUGCACCGGCUGGUGGUGGUGGACGAGAGCGACGUGGUCAAGGGGAUUGUCUCUCUCUCGGACAUCCUGCAAGCCCUGGUUCUCCCGGAGGGUCCCAAGCCCUGAGACGGUGGUGGGAGGGGACCCAGCCUCCUCCCUGUGGCCCCCGCUCUCCUCUCCUGCUGCGCUGCGCCCCCCCGCCCCUUCCCCAGCGCUGGUGGGGCAGGCCGGGCGGGGGGAAACCCACUCACCAGCAACAUCUAGCAAUAACCUGCAGCUGCAGGGCAGCUCCCGCCGCGGCGUAGCCCUCCGCUCCCGGCCCUCCCCCGUGCCGGAGAGCCCGCAGCGCCCCGGGCUGAGCCGCGCUGGGGCGCAGGCCGCUCCGGGGAGCGUUGGCUGGGCUGGCGGGUCGCUCUGGGCGGCCGGCCGGCCCCGCCGGGUGUCACGGGGCCCUGAGCCCGCUGGGGAAGGCGCUGCACGGAGCAGCUCCCAGAGCCGGGGCUGAGUUUGGCCCCUCUCCGUGCUGGCGUCAGGCCCUGCUGACCCUCGUCACCCUCACCCAGCGGCUCCCUCCACGUGGGCUUUUACCGAGUUUGGUUUUAACUGCCCUCACUUCGCUCCGUCCGGCCCGGGCUGCCCCCCUCCCCUCCACGUGCCUCGUCUGCCCUUUAUUUCCGCGCGCCCGCGGGGUGUCCCUUGCCAGGGCCACGUCUUUGCCCGUCACUGCUUGUGUGUGGAGAGAAACCGUAAUAAAACACAGACCUGG